CACGUGCCAAGGUGUUAGCUUAAAGCAGCGACUUUAAUAUCUUCAUCUUCUUUCUCUCUCCUUAAAACUCACAUUUGGCCCUUCCUUUCACUUUAAAAUCUCACUUUCUCUCUCCUCCUCACUCCCUAUUCUAGUCACUUUCGGUCUACCUAUUUUCUUAAAAAAGAUUAAAUUAAAUAAAAAAUGCGACGACAAACUGAAGGGUAACAAAAAAAAUGAAACUCAACGACUCAGAAUCGCCGUCGAUUGUGGCGGCGCAAUCUUCGUCAACACCGUCUUCACCAUCAUCUUCUCACCACCGUUCGUUUCUCGCCAUCGAUCUUAACGAAGUUCCUUCCCCUUCUGAAACCCUACCUUCUCCUUCUUCUUCAUCUUCUACCUUUAUUCUCUCUCCUACUUCGCUCGUCCGCGCUAUCAACGACAACCCUCCCAUUCCGGAGGGUCCACCGGCGGAGAUCCCCGACGAUGUGACGCCGUGCUCUGGUUGUGGUGGACCUUCGCCGGAGUUGGUUUCCGACAGAUUGGUUUGUGACGGCUGUGAGCGUGGUUUUCAUUUUAAUUGCACUGGAGUUUUGCCGGUUGUGAGAGAGGAGUGGCUUUGUAGGUAUUGUGUCGCGGAAGGGGUUGGAAGUAAGCGGUGGCGGCUUGGGAGGAAGGAGGAUAGAGGUGUUAGGCUGAUUGAUAUGAAUGCUUCGCCGCCGAGUGAUGGUGAUGUCGAAUCUCUGGCAGCCGCCGAUGCUGCUGCUGCUGCUGCUGGUAGUUCUAGAAAUCUCUGUUUUGGGGGUAAUACUCUCAGCGGUUAUGCAUCUAGUGCCCUGCUGUCAUAUCCCAACUUUAUCUAUUCGGGUAAUGAAUUUGGCUUUCAGAAGGCACCUACAAUAGUAGCACAUACAGUGAAAUUGGAUUUUCAAGAUAUUUUACAUAGCAAACGAUCUAUGGCUAGAAGCUUUGAGGACAUAAAAUAUCGAUCUCAGUUAGGACGAAGUAGUGGCACAACAUUUAAAUUACCUUCUUGGAAUUCAAGUGAAGUUUUGCAGUCUCUUAGAGAAUUUGUUUCUGAAAGGCAUGGUGUUUUAGAGGAAGGUUGGCGUGUUGAAUUUAAGCAAUCUAAGAAUGGCUGUGAAUCAUAUGCUGUUUAUUGCGCACCAGACGGGAAGAUGUUUGAAACAAUGUCUGAUGUUGCUAAUUAUGUUGGUUUAACAUCUAAUGGAAAUCCUUUGGAGCCUGAAACAAGAAGUGAUUGUGGCUCUGCAUUAAGAAGGAAUGGGUUGCAUACACCUAAAAGAAGGAAGUUGAUGAAGAUUCCAGUAGGCAAUGGUUUAAUGGAGAACAAAGACAAAUUGAUGAGUGGUUUUUGUAAUGUUUUCUUUUCGAAUUUGCAGAAAGAGCAGUUUAUGAGUAAGUCUGAAAAACGUUUAGAAGCUACGGUAGCUGCACAAGGAGAAAAUGGUGUCGAUGACUUUCAUCACUUUCAUGAAGGGCUUCCCCUCCAGUAUGAAGAUUUUUUCGUUCUUUCCUUGGGCAGGAUUGAUGCAAGAACAUCAUAUCAUAAUGCCUGUGAGAUUUGGCCUGUAGGUUAUAGGUCAUGUUGGCAUGAUAAAAUUACUGGCUCCCUCUUUCUUUGCCAUGUGUUGGAUGGUGGUGAUACCGGACCUGUUUUCAAGGUGAGGAGGUUUUCAUGUUCUGCACUCCCCAUUCCUUACGGGUCAACUGUUCUGCAGAGGCAAAGUGGUAUCUGCUUGAAUGGUCCGAGUAAAGAAGUUGGAGCGAAAACAACUCCCUUAGAAGAAGAAUGUUGUAUUGAGAUGCUUCUCUCUGAUCCUUACUUUCCACCAGAAGAUGAUUCUUUGUCGUGGCUUCUAAGUAGUUCAAAUGAGGUUGAUGGUCAGAAGGCAACCCAUUCACCACUUGAAGGCCAAUCGACUUCUGAAAGGUCACAAGAUCUUCUUGCUCAUAAUUUACCUACAGGGGAGAAGAUUGGUGAAUUUUCAGUAGACGGCCGCUCGUCAUCCGAAGUUUGGAGCAUUUUAUCCCAGAAACUUGUUGAUGCUUGCCGCCAAUUAUACAAGCAGAAGGGCUCUCUGAAGUUCUUCUGCAAGCAUGUAGAAGAUGGCAUAUCAUCCUUCUGCGAUAUCACAACUUACAAGAACAAAGAUGCAUUUUCUUCAUUGGAUAAAUUUUGUAGUUUGUUGGGCUCGCUGAAAGUCCCAUUGGUUGCAACAAGUGACGACGAACUUGAUUUAACACUUGAAGCUCUAAAGGAUUGGUUGAGUUUGGAUCGUUUUGGAUUAAAUGUAGAAUUUGUCCAAGAACUUGUUGAACAAUCUCCUGAUGUCCAUCAUUGUUCAAACUAUGAAAUUUUGAGGAGGAGAAAUGAUUGUUUGACCGUACCACUGGUUAGAAAUGGGCUGUUACUCAUCAACGGGAAGAGCAUGGAGCAAUGUCAGAAAGACAAAGUAUUUAAUGAUUUGUACAAAAGUUACAGGACAACCGAGGAACCUACUAGCAACAAUCAUAUUCGUCCCCCUGGGAUGCAUUUGGGUGCUAAGCUUCCACCUCAUCGUGUUGGAGAUGUUCUUCAGGUGUGGGAGUUACUACGUCGUUUUCAUGAAAUUCUGGGCCUGGAGCUUCUGAAUUUUGAUGAACUUGAGGCAGAACUCAUUAGCCCUUGGUUUGAGAGUUUCUUCCUUCACGGAGCUCGAGAAAGGGAUUCUCCAGGUGACCAGGCUGUAUCUGCUGAUGAAUCCAGUAUCCUCAGCGAGCAUACUUCAUCAUCCAGUAGCGAAACUGCCCCUCCCGAGGAGAAUAGAUUUGUAGAGAUGCAAUCUGCUGCUAUGAGGGAAGAGGCUGAUGCCAGUUUAGCAAUGUCUACUUACAGUAAGUGCACCGGCAUAUCAUUGAGGAGGGCCCAUAUCUCAUUGCUUGAUGUGCUUGUGAGUGAGCUGCAGAUAAAGGUUGCAGCAAUGGUGGAUCCAAGCAUAGACACAGAAUCCAAAUCAAGACGAGGUAGAAGAAGAGAUGUUGACAGCUCAAUUCUUGCCAUUCGACCAAAGCUUAAUCUACUGCCUAUCAAUGAUUUGACUUGGCCGGAAUUAGCUCGGAGAUAUAUUUUAGCUGCAAUGUCAAUGGAUGGGAAUCUUGAUUCGACUGAAAAUGGUAUCCGUGAAUGUGGAAGAGUCUUCCGUUGCUUACAAGGUGACGGAGGGGUCCUUUGUGGUUCUCUAGUUGGUGUAGCAGGAAUCGAGGCUGAUGCACUGUUGCUUGCAGAAGCCAGAAGACGGAUUUAUGGAUGUCUAAGCAGUGAAAACGAUCGCCUGAUUAUAGUGGAGGAGGAUCCUGAACUGGUUGGUUCUUCUGGAGAGAUGGGUAAUGGUGAUGGAACCAUUCCAGAUUGGGCCCAGGCCCUAGAACCUGCAAGAAAAUUGCCUACAAACGUAGGAACCCGAAUCAGAAAGUGUGUUUAUGAGGCUUUGAGCAAGAAUCCGCCAGAUUGGGCAAGAAAUAUCCUGGAGCGUUCAAUUAGCAAAGAAGUUUACAAGGGCAAUGCUUCUGGACCAACUAAGAAAGCUGUCCUUUCAGUGCUGGCAGAAGUUCUCAGUGAAUGCUCACAACAGAAAGCUCGCAAGGAAAGGAAAAAGAAGACUGUUGUUUCUAUAUCUGACACUAUUAUGCGGAAAUGUCGUAUUCUUUUACGUCGUGCUGCUUCUGCUGAUGAGGAAAAAAUGUUCUGUAAUUUGGUUGGAAGAAAUUUGAUCCAUUCUUCUGAAAAUGACGAUGAAGGGAUGCUUGGUUCUCCUGGAAUGUUGUCUCGCCCGCUAGAUUUCCGGACAAUUGACUUGAGGUUGUCAUUUGGGGCCUAUAAGGGAUCACAUGGUGCGUUCCUUGAAGAUGUUCAGGAGCUGUACAAAAAUAUACGCAUCGCUCACAUGGAGCAGCCGGAUCUGGUUCAACUGGUAGCAAAAUUGUCUGAGAAUUUUGAGACAAUUUAUGAAGAAGAGGUUGUUUCUCUUGUUGACAAACUUAGAGAGUAUUCGGAAAUGGAACAGAUAAGCCCUGAUGCAAAGAAGGAGAUUGAAGAUAUUCUUGCCUCCACGAGCGAUAUUCCUAAAGCUCCAUGGGAUGAGGGUGUCUGCAAAGUCUGUGGCAUUGAUAAAGAUGAUGAUAGUGUUCUUCUGUGUGAUACUUGUGAUGCAGAGUACCACACUUACUGCCUGAACCCUCCUCUUGCUAGAAUCCCCGAAGGUAAUUGGUAUUGCCCCUCUUGUGUUUCUGGGGUAAAUAUGUUAAAGGACACUUCUAAAGGUGUUCAGUUCAUUGGCCAACGACACCGGAGAAAAAAUCACGGGGAAGGAAUACGUAAUCACUUGGAUGAGCUUGCUCAAUUAGCUGCUGUAAUAGAACAGAAGGAAUACUGGGACUUCAGUGUGGACGAGAGAAUUUUGCUGCUUAAGUUUUUGUCUGAUGAGGUUCUUAAUUCAAUUCUAGUUCGUCAACACCUAGAGCAAUGUUUUGAAACAUCUAAUGAUCUGCAGCAGAAGUUGCGGUUGCUAUAUUCAGAGCUGAAAAAUCUGAAGUUACGGGAAGAUAUACUGGCUACAACAGCUACAAAACUUGGUCCAAGUGUUCCUAUUGUGGCCGGAGAUGCUAAUUCUGAGGGGAAACUUGGUUCAGUAGCUAACCAUAGCAUUUCCACAGAGCUUCAGCAUCCUUUAACUGAAAGAAUUGACUGCAUUCCUUCAGUCUCUGAUACUGUUCCUCAAGCGAAAAGGGAUGCUGGUGCUUUGCAUUCCAACAGUUUCAAGAAACGUGAAAAUGUUAACCACUUGGAGAAAAUCAAUUAUAGUGACAGUCAAGUUAAGCAGCCUGUAGAUUGUGAAGGUCAAGUGAAAGAUGUUGCCGAGGCAGUGACUGAAGGAAGUGCCUCCCUUGAAAAUCACGACCUUCACGAGCGGUCAUCUAAACGUCACAAAAGCUCACCAUUACAGGAUUGUUCUGUUUCAAAUGUUGUGCCUGAAACUAGUGGAAUGGACAGUGAAUCUUCUUGCCAAGGUAAAACACAUGAGCAUAGCAUGCCAGAUGUCUCUGCUGUUUGCAGAUCUGAAGAUUUGCACGGAGUUUCUGUUACUUCGGGUCUUGUGAACACUGGGGCUGCUGAAACUGCCUCUUGUUCUAGUUUAAAUGAGUUGCAACCUUCCAAUCUGGAGCUAAAUUCUGUACAAAAAGAGCUGUCUGUCCUGCAACAGACAAUUGCAAAUGCAGAAUCACAGCUUUUAAAGUUCUCUACACGAAUGGAAUUUCUGGGCAGCGAUUCUUUUGGUCGAUUGUAUUGGGCAUCAGUCCAGCAUGGUGCAUAUCCUUGGGUCAUUGUUGAUGGUACGAUGGCCUUACAACCUAGAACGCAGCCUGCGGGUCAGGCAAAUACGAGGUCUGAUGGUUUCUUUCAUAGUCAUUUGAGUAUGGAGGGUUCAAGUGCUGCUUGUCCAUUUGUUUAUGGGCGUGAUUGUUCUCGUCCAAUUUGCUCACAAUGGGUCUAUUAUCAAUCUGAGGAGGAAAUCAAGGAAUUAGUGAAGUCAUUUAAACUCAACAACCCAAAAGAAAGAGAACUGAGGGAUUCUAUUCUGAAUUGGCAAAAGCUGAGAUGUCAUGAGUUGCAUCAAACUGGAAAACAAGAUAAGAUUUCUUUUUCUCUUUCAAUAUCUGCAGAAGAAAAUGAAAUGCCUGGUCCACUUGUCACAAGAGCAGAUACUCUGCUUGAGCGUAACUAUGGACCUUUCUGUCAGGCAGAGAAAAUGGAAGAUGGGAAGAAACGACUGAGGCGAUCAAGAGGUACCAAUGAUGAAAAAUUGUAUAGAUGUAGAUGUUUUGAACCCAUAUGGCUUUCCAGACACCAUUGUCUCUCUUGCCAUAGAACCUUUUACACCUCAGAGGAACUUGAAAAUCAUAACAGCGGCAAGUGCAAAUCAAGUUCAACAGUCCCUGGGAAGAGAAAAGAGAGUGAACCUGUUGUGGAUGGUAUCAUGAGAAAACUUGAAACUCAACAGCAUUUUUCCAAGGCAACUGAUAGAGUUCAAGCAUCAAAAAAGACAGAUUCUGAUCUGUCAAUAUACUUAAAAUAUCAAAAUGAGGGUUUAAAAUGUCCUCACAAAUUGGAAGAAGUUAGUUCCAAGUUUGUUACAAAUGACUCGAUCAGAGAGUUGGUGCGUGGAAUAGGAUUAAUAGGAUCAGAAGGGGUGCCAUCUUUUGUCUCAGCUAUGUCUUCUUGUUUGAGUGAUCCAACUUUGAGGAUAUCAAAACAGGAUUUUGCUGCAAAUGUUGAUCAAUGCAAGAUACCUGAACAGACAGUCGGCCAAAGUGACCAGUUUACAGGUAAAAGCUGUGUUGGUAAUGUGGUUGAUCCUGGUGUUCAGAGGUUUCUUCCCAAAAAACAUGAUGAGAAUUUAAAACCUGGCAUGUUAUUACCAGGGAUCCCUCGUGAAAGAUCGAAGAAAUUUCUUGCGAGUAAUUUCGCAUCAUCCACCAUAACAGAUCCAUACUGUUUGGUGCCAGAGUGUUCUUUGAAGCCUGUGGUUGGCAGAGAUGCUCAAAUUCUAAGACAACUUAAAAUUUGCUUACUUGACAUGGAAGCUGUGUUAUCUGAAGAAGCAAUUAGGCCAUCAAAGGUUCAUCCAGAAAAAAGGCGAGCCUGGCAUGCAUUUGUAAAGACAGCGGAAACUAUAUUUGAGAUGGUUCAGGCGUCAAUUAUACUCGAGGAUAUGAUAAAGACAGAGUACUUGAAAAAUGAAAGAUGGUAUUGGUCAUCGCUUUCUGCAGCUGCAAAAACCUCGACAUUAUCUUCACUUGCUCUGCGUAUAUAUGCUUUGGACAAUGCCAUUGUUUAUGAGAAAACUGUAUCUGAUCUAACAUGUGUUGGGAGUUUGAAGCCCAGUACUGAUGUAGAUCAGCAAUCACCGUCUAAUUUGGAUUCAUCGGAGAAAUCCAAGCAGAGUAGAAGAUCUAGUAGGAGGAAGAAGGAUGCCGAGGGUUGACAGUCGUGAGAUGUUUAUGCUUGGCGUAAAUUUUCCAUAAAAUUUGGAUUCCAGUUAGUUGAAGUGGAUGACAGCAAUCUAGUCAUGUAGACAAUCAUCUUCCCUGAUCAUGUUUGCUCCAUAGUAAUGAGCUGAACGCCAUAGUACGGAGCCAUGGCAUCUGUGUAACUGUGUUUGCUGUCCGUCUUUAAAGUACUUCAGGCUAAUAUACUAACUUGGAUUCUAGGGGAAAGAACUAAGUUCCCCGCAGAGAGGAGGUAAUGCGUCAAAUUUUAACUAUUGCUGCAGCUUCUUGAUUUGAAAUGGGAAGUGGGUACCUUUUCCUCAAGGUGUAUGUCUUUAUUGAGCGACAUUGAUAUAUGUAAAUCAGAAAGCAUGUAAAGAUAGUGUAGGAAUAGAAAUGUAUAAAUAACAGUCCUUAGCAGAAUUAGUCAAUUGUUCAUUUUUUUAACAGCACAAAUUGCCCCAUCUCACCAAGGAAAAUAUAUUUCUUCCAA